ACCUUAGAAAAUGUUCGGCGGCUUCCAACCCCCCCAAGCGUCGCCCGAGGAGCUCCUCGCCGCUGAGGCGGAAGCCACCUUCACCCUCCAGCGUGUCCUCGCCGCUGCCGCUGCGCUCUACUUCUGUAUGCCAUCCACCGUCUUACCCACAGCCUCCCCGCCAGACGCUAACAUGGCACACAGCCCCCUUCGUCGUCGACGCCGUCUCCAAGAUGUUUUAGACACCACAUCGACCGAGGCUCAACCAUCCCGGCACCGCUUCGUGACACAUCAAGACUUCGCCUCCCGUUUUACGACAUGAUAUAGAGUCCAGCAGCGUGGGCGUGGCUUACGAUAUGGCUUGAGCAUGGGGAAAGAACUGCCCGCAAGGGAAGGAAGGGGGCCGCGAAUCGCUUUGUCCACCAAACCCAACGCCAUUCCGCCCCGCAGCAGGGUGGAAACAUAGUUGGCGGGGCUGACAGGGCAUCGUUUUCUUCCCCUCUCCUGGUGUACGAUAUUGUCGGAGCAUGAGCAUGAGCAUCAGCAUGAGCAUUACCCGCGGCUGGGUAUGAUGCGGGUGGCGUAACUUCACUCCUAGAGACUCGCGAUCAUCGGGGUUACCACCCCCCUGGCGGCAUUAUGUACAAAUAACAUGAACAUAUAACAUAUCUAAACACACGAUC